AUGGCGGAGUCUUCUCCGAAUCUGACGGAGCCCCGGACGCCGCGACCCGCUGCCGGACCGCGGGACGAUGAACCCGACUUCUCUCGCACGGUCCUUCGCAAAGUCCACGCUCUGCGCUGCCACCGAAAGCUCUGUGACGUGGUUCUACGGGCAGGGGGUAGGGAAAUAGCCACGCACCGCGCCGUCCUCUCUGCCUCAAGUUCUUACUUUCUGGCCAUGUUCACUCAUGAACUACUGGAGAGCGAGCAAGAGGUGGUGGAGAUAAAGGACAUGAACCCUGACAUCCUCUCCUCUCUGGUCGACUUUGCAUACACCGGGGAGAUAGCGGUGACAGUGGACAACGUACAGGAGGUGCUCUCCGCGGCGUCUCUCCUCCAAAUCUCACAGGUUCAAGACCUCUGCUGUGACUUCCUCAAGAAGCAACUGGACGCGUCCAACUGUCUCGGGAUAAAAUGUUUUGCAGAGGCAAACGGGUGCUCCCACCUUUCGGAGAUAAUCAACGAGUUUGCCCGUCAACACUUCCAGGAAGUGGCUCUUGGGAGCGAGUUCCUAAACAACAACUGUGAAAGUGUGGCGGCUCUCAUCUCUAGCAGCGAUCUCAACGUGAGGAAAGAGGAAGAUGUCUAUCUGUCAGUGAUACAGUGGGUCAAACAGAGCCCCUCGGAGCGAGCGCAGCACCUCCCUGAACUCCUGAACUGCGUCCGCCUGCCGAUGCUCUCUGUCCCAUUCCUGAUGAACGAGGUAGACCGAGAACCACUCAUCAGGGACAGCAUCCACUGCAGAGACCUGGUGGACGAGGCUAAGAGGUUCCAUCUUCUCCCCCAGGGGAGAGACAUUCGCUCUGCCAACCCUCGCUUCGUUCCCCGCAAGUCCACCAUCAGUACCCUGUACGCAGUUGGAGGUAAGGAGUCCUCAGAGAGUAUCACACGUUCGGUGGAGUCCUACAACUUCAAGGAAGACAAGUGGAGCGAAGUGACGGGGAUGAUAGUCCGCCGCCAGCAGCUGGGUGUCGGUGUAUUGGACGGGAAGGUGUAUGCAGUGGGUGGGUCAGAUGGAUCCUUGCGACUCAGCAGUGUGGAGUGUUUCGACACUACCACAAAUUUCUGGUCGUUUGUGGCUCCCAUGAGCACCUGUAGGUCGGGGGUGGGGGUGGGGGUGUUGGGCGGGGCUAUGUACGCAGCGGGAGGCUACGACGGACGAGCCUGUCUCAACACGGUGGAGAGGUUUGACCUGGACAAGAACCUGUGGACGCCUGUGGCUCAGAUGAGCACUCGCAGGAGCUUCCCCGGGGUCGCUGUGUUUGAAGGAAAACUUUACAUCUUUGGCGGAAAUGACGGAACUUCUUUCCUGAACGUUGUCGAGUGCUACGACCCGCAUAUCAAUCGCUGGUGUACUCUGACCUCUCUGAACAAGCCUCGGGCAGGGAUUGGAGUCACGGUCCUUGGGCAGCAGAUUUUCGUCGCCGGGGGCAACGAUGGAACGUCACGACUGGACUCAUUUUGA